GUGGGAUAGGAAAGACUUUUUAUAUAGAGCACUCUUGGCUGGUGUCAGAUGUCGACAUUUUAUAGCUUUAGCAACUGCAUCGUCCGGAGUGGCUGCAUCUUUAUUGCCCGGAGGUCGAACUGCUCAUUCAAGAUUUAAAAUCCCUCUAGAAAUGGUAGGUGAAGUCAACUGCUCUAUUAGCAAGCAAUUGGCAUUAGGAACUUUAUUGAAAAUGUGUAGGCUAAUAAUUUGGGAUGAGACACCUAUGGUAAAUCGUUGUGCUGUAGAAUCUGUAGACAAAAUGCUUAGAGACAUCAUUGAUUGUAACUUGCCUUUUGGUGGAAAACUAAUAGUUUUAGGAGGAGAUUUUAGACCGAUUCUACCAGUUGUACCUAAGGGAAACAAAGAAGACAUAUUAAAGGCUAGCAUGAUUUACUCGUAUUUGUGA